AUGGCUGCCCAGAUGGACAAAAGCAACAAGGCAGCAACCAAAAAGUUGCAGAAAAGCUACUUCGACGUCUUAGGCCUUUGCUGUUCUUCAGAGGUUCCUUUGAUUGAGAAUAUCCUCAAGUCCCUUGAUGGUGUUAAAGAAUACUCAGUGAUUGUCCCGACAAGAACAGUCAUUGUUCUCCAUGACAAUCUCCUCGUUUCUCAGCUCCAAAUUGGGAAUUACUUUUUGACAGUUAAGGCCUUGAAUCAAGCAAGACUAGAAGCAAAUAUUAGAGUAAAUGGAGAAACCAAGCACCAAAAAAAAUGGCCUAGCCCAUAUGCAGUGGCUUGUGGUGUCUUACUUUUGCUAUCACUUUUGAAGUAUGUCUACCAUCCUUUACGUUGGCUUGCUAUUGGAGCAGUGGCUGUUGGCAUCCUCCCCAUCUGCUUGAAAGCUGUUGCUUCCUUGAGGAAUUUUAGACUUGAUACCAACAUUCUCAUGCUUAUUGCAGUGAUAGGCACGAUUGCGAUGAAUGAUUAUAUCGAAGCAGGAACCAUUGUCUUCCUGUUCACUAUUGCAGAAUGGCUAGAGUCAAGGGCAAGCCACAAGGCCAAUGCUGUCAUGUCAUCAUUGACAAGCAUAGCUCCUCAGAAAGCAGUCAUUGCUGAAAGUGGGGAAGAAGUGGAUGCUGAUGAGGUCAAGUUAAACACUAUUCUUGCAGUUAAGGCUGGCGAGGUUAUACCAAUUGAUGGAAUUGUUGUAGAUGGUAACUGUGAAGUGGAUGAAAAGACUUUAACCGGAGAAUCAUUUCCAGUACCAAAAGAAGUGGAUUCCACUGUUUGGGCUGGCACCAUUAAUUUAAAUGGUAUCAAUACCUCUCUCAGUCGCUCUCUGAACUGUUUCGGAAUGGUUUUUGGUUUUGGUGGUAAUGGGGUAUUAUCAUUUUCAGGUUAUGUUAGUGUUAGAACUACUGCUUUAGCUGAAGACUGUGUGGUGGCUAAAAUGGCAAAGCUUGUGGAAGAAGCUCAAAACAGCAAGUCUAAAACUCAAAGGUUCAUAGACAGAUUUGCCCAGUAUUAUACUCCAGGUCAGUCAUACUUCAGUGCGGCAACAGCUGGUCUUCUGAUCAAAGGAGGCGACUAUCUUGAAACACUAGGAAAGAUUAAGGCCAUGGCUUUCGACAAAACUGGUACCAUAACAAGAGGUGAAUUUGUUGUCACAGAUUUCCAAUCUCUCUGCAACAAUAUCAGCUUAGACACAUUGUUCUAUUGGGUAUCAAGCAUCGAGAGUAAAUCAGGUCAUCCAAUGGCUGCUGCACUUGUCGACUAUGGAAGGAUGCAUUCAAUAGAGCCAAAGCCUGAGAAUGUGGAGGAAUUUCAAAAUUUUCCUGGAGAAGGAAUUCAAGGAAAAAUUGAAGGGAAAGAUAUAUAUAUUGGGAACAAAAAGAUUGCUCACAGAGCAUCUGGAACAGUUCCAACAAUAGAAGGCGAUAAGAAGACAGGAAAGACUGUCGGAUAUGUGUACUGUGGAGCAACUCUUGCUGGGAUUUUCAGUCUCUCUGAUAGCUGUAGGACUGGGGUUGCAGAGGCCAUCAGGGAACUGAAGUCAUUAGGCAUUAAAACUGCUAUGCUUACAGGAGAUAGUGAAGCGGCAGCUAUGUACGCACAAGAACAGCUAGAGAAUGCUCUUGAAGUAGUUCAUGCAGAACUCCUCCCUGAAGACAAGGCGACUAUUAUCAAAGAACUUAAGAAGGAUGGGCCAACAGCAAUGAUUGGAGAUGGCCUCAAUGAUGCCCCUGCAUUGGCUACAGCUGAUAUUGGCAUUUCAAUGGGAAUUUCAGGUUCAGCCCUUGCAACAGAGACAGGACAUGUGAUUCUUAUGUCAAAUGAUCUCAGAAAAGUACCAAAAGCCAUCCGGCUUGCCCGUAAAGCUCAUAGGAAAGUAAUUGAGAAUGUGAUUAUGUCCAUGACCACAAAGUCUGCUAUCCUCGCCUUGGCGUUUGCUGGUCACCCACUUGUUUGGGCGGCCGUUCUCGCUGAUGUAGGUACUUGCUUGUUGGUCAUAUUGAACAGCAUGUUGCUUUUACGAGGCACACACAAUCAUGCAGGAAAAUGUUGCAAAUCUUCAGGUGCCUCACAUUCACAUAAACAUGGUAAUAAGAAUUCAUCACAUAAUCAUCAUAAUUGUUCUAGCCAAGAAGUCGAGAAGGUGGGAUGUGGGGCUGAAAAAUGUUGCUCCAGCCCGAAAGUUGAGAAGGUGCAGAGCGGCGCUCAAAAUUCAAGCUGCACCUCAGGAUGUUGUUCUAGCCAGAUAGUUGAGAAGGUGCAGCUUGCUGCUCAAAAUUCAAGCUGUGCUGAAGGAUGUUGCUCUAGCCAGAACGUUGAAAAGGUGAAGCUUGCAGCUCCAAAUUCAAGUCGUGCAUCAGGAAGUUGCUCUAGCCAGAAAGUUGAGAAGGUGCAGGGCGGAGCUCAAAAUUCAAGCUGUGGCUCAGGAUGUUGCUCUAGCCAGAAAGUUGAGAAGGUGCAGAUUGUAGCUCAGAAUUCAAGCUGCAGCUCGGGAUGUUGCUCUAGCCCAAAAGUUGAGAAAGUGCAUGGUGGGGAGCAAAAUUCAAGCUGUGCCUCAGGAUGCUGCUCUGUCCAGAAAGUUGUGAAGGAGCAGUGUGUGGCUCAAAGUUCAAGCUUUGCCUCAGGAUGCCAAUCUAGCCAUCAUAGUGCGAGCCAUGAUGGAUGUGUAGGAACUAAUACCAGUGGAAUUCAAGAAGCCAAGCACCAUGAUCAUGGUUGCCAUAACACAGUCGAUCAUGACAGAGAGGCAAAACAUCCACACAGCCAUGAUUGUUCAGUCGCUCACAACUCGAGACAUUUACGCGAUGAUUCAAUAGAAACUCUAGCUAAAUGCUCAGAAGGUGAUGGCCAUGGCCACGGUAAGGCAAACCAAUGCCACCAUUUGCACAAGGAACAUGCCGAUACUCAUCAUGGUAUUCAUCACCAUUCGGAUCAUUCUUCUCAUGAUUUAGAACAAGGACAAAAAACGGCAAACGUUACUUCUAAUUGCUGCUCCAACAGCAGUUGCAAAGACCCUAUUAACAUUCACGAGGAUGACGAAUCACAAGGAGAGAUUGUUGAAUCCAAUUUCGAUCAUCAUCAUCAUCAUCAUCAUCAACAUCAAGACUUCCACCAAGAGUUAAAGAAGUGUUGUACAGGCUGCACGCCACUUCACACCAUUAUCGACAUGGAGCCAACAACUAUGCAUGCUUGCAUGAGCUUGGAGAAGAGAGACAUUGGUGGAUGUUGCAAGAGCUACAUGAAAGAAUGUUGUAGUAAGCAUGGCCACUUUGCAACUGGCUUUGGUGGAGGCUUAUCAGAGAUCAUCAUCAAACAAGUAUAA